AUGUUCCAAUUGGAUGUAAACAAUGCUUUCCUCCAUGGAGAUUUACAUGAAGAAGUGUAUAUGCAAGUUCCACCAGGCCUCAUGGUGAAAGAUCAAUCCCUGCAACAUGGAGAUUUAGUGGUUUAUGUGGAAGUAUAUGUAGAUGAUGUCUUAGUCGCAGGCACCUACCAAGAGGAAAUACAUCAGCUGAAAGCUUUCCUUCAUGAUAAGUUUAAGAUAAAGGAUUUGGGCAACUUGCAUUACUUCUUAUGUCUGGAAGUUCUAUACAAGCCUGAUGGUGUAAUUAUUUCUCAAAGAAAGUUUGUUCUAGAUUUACUGAGAGAGCACAAUUGCUUGGAGUAUGCUGCUUUGAGUUCACCACUCGACCCUAAUGAAAAGCCAAAUGCCAAGGAGGGAAAACCAUUAGAUGAUCCAACUUCUUACCAAAAGCUAAUAGAUCCUAGAGAACCUCACCUGAAGGCAGCCUAUCACUUGCUGAGAUAUCUCAAGGGUGAUCCUACUUUGGGAGUUUUCAUGUCCAACACUGCAGACUGGUCUGUUAGAGCUUUUUGUGAUUCUGAUUGGGUUUCCUGCCCAGACACAAGAAGUUCUGUGAGUGGGUACAUUUUUCUAUUGGGAGAUAGCCCGCUCAGCUGGAAACCUAAAAAGCAGGAGACUAUUUCACUGUCUUCAGCAGAGGUAGAGUACAUGUCCCUUAGAAAAGUGGUUGGUGAACUGGGCUGGUUGAGCAGGCUACUGACUGAGCUAAGAGUUCCUUCCAUUCAUCCCAUUUCAGUAUUUUGUGAUAGUUUGUUGGCCUUACACAUAGCUAAGAAUCCUGUAUUUCAUAAGCGUACAAAACACAUAGAAGUUGAUUGCCACUUUAUCAAAAAACAACUGCAAGUGGGCCUUAUUUUAUUGCAUCACAUUACAGCUGACCAUCAGCUUGCAGAUAUACUUACCAAGGCUCUAACAUGCAUCAAACAUUCUAGUGUUCUAGAAAAGUUGGCAGUGUUUUCACCACCUCCAACUUGA